CGAACUGCAACAGUGCAACUGCAGACGCGUGCCUCCCGAGACCCAUCAACAACAGCUGACCUGCAGCUUCAAGCUUACUACUACAGAGAGCUCUGUACCUCGGACGAAAUACGAUGCAGUCCCUCAUCUCCUCUCUGAGGCGAAAGCCUUUGAACGUACUGCGAACGACAAUGGCUCUCGGCGCACGAUCUGAAUCUUCUCAAGCCGGAAAUAACUUCGUGAAGCGGUUGACCUUCUUCAAGGUAGCCAAGGAGGAGGACAUUCAGGCCGUCUUGAAAGAAUACGAGAUUUUGCGAAAGAAUGCUUUGAAGGACGGCAAGCCGUACAUUGUUUCGAAUGUUUCUCGACGCGUUUUGAAUACAUCGUCGCCGCUCAGCGAAGGCUAUACGAUAGCUUCGCAAUCGAUCUUCAAGAAUCACGAGGAUCACGAAUUUUAUGACCAGAAGUGUGAGGCUCACAAAGAGCUGAAGAAAACAACAAGCAGAGUACGGACGGGUGUCAUGACAAUAGUUUCGGAAGGCCAAUGGCCGGAGCCAAAACUAUAAACAAGGUUCGGGCGCAUGUCCCAGCACUCUUUUCGCCAACUUUUCCAAAGUGCUCUUCAAGUUCCCGUGUUUCUAUAAGCCGUCCACAAUUGGAGUCCCAGCAAUUUUGACUCCUGCGGAGUAUCGGAAGGGUCUGCGGUGCCCCUCAAUUUUUUUGCUCCAGCACGGGUCCCGGUAGCGAUAACUUACGAGUUCCCGGAACUGGUUGUUGGCAUGGCCCCUUGCAAGGGUGACUGUCGUAGUCAUCCCAUAGGAAUUCGACCCGCAAUCCUCGCCCGGUUCCGCAUCGUGAU